AGCUUGUUUCGGGACGGCACUCGGCCUGACCAACCAAGGGGAUGCGGCGUUUCGGUUUGAACAGUACAAGAAAAGGUACACCAACUGCACGCAGGUCAUCGGCAACCUGGAGAUUGUCUUCCUGGAACAACCUGGUUUCGACUUAAGCUUUCUGUCCACCAUUCAGGAGGUUGAAGGUCAGUAAGGUUUUACACACCCAAAAAAAGUACAUAAAAAAAUAAAUCAAUUAUAAAUUUACUAACGUACGCAUCAGUAUAUGGUACUUAAAAAUAAGCAAUCACUUGUCAAUGCUAAUACAUUUUUUUCUUAAUCAGCAUUCACCUUUUAAUUUUGGUUUAUUUAAAAAUUAUUAAUCACAUUUUAAUGCAAAACAAUAAUAAUAACAACAAUUUUGAUCAGCAUUGACAUGACGUUUAUUCAGUUUUAGUUUAGAACACCGGAAAGGAUUUUUAAAUAUAAGGCCGGCAAAGUUUUAAAAAAAAAAAAUGAGAAUUUCAAUCAAACGGAAGCCAUUUGAUAGCAUUUGUACCUGGUCUAAAAAGUGUAAAAGUGCCUUAAAAUAUAAUAUUGACAGGAAUUUCAUGAAAUGAUGUUCUGUUUAUUGUUUUGUGAUCAGGUUAUGUUCUCCUGGCCGGCAAUGCCGUGGAUUACAUCCCCUUGACCAGCCUGCGCAUCAUCCGUGGGGAGAUGCUGUUCAAGAAGGAGAAAGUCAACAGCAGCUACAGCCUGUUUGUGGCCUUGAACUCCUCCCCAAAUAAUUCAGAAUUUGGACUGAAGGAACUCAGAUUUGUAAACCUUACGGGUAAGGUGGCCUCUCAUGUCUUUGGUAUGACAGUACGGCUGUCUACCACGGGUAAGGCGGCCUCUCAUGUCUUUGGUAUGACAGUACGGCUGUCUACCACGGGUAAGGCGGCCUCUCAUGUCUUUGGUAUGACAGUACGGCUGUCUACCACGGGUAAGGCGGCCUCUCAUGUCUUUGGUAUGACAGUACGGCUGUCUACCACGGGUAAGGCGGCCUCUCAUGUCUUUGGUAUGACAAAACCUUACGGGUAAGGUGGCCUCUCAUGUCUUUGGUAUGACAGUACGGCUGUCUACCACGGGUAAGGCGGCCUCUCAUGUCUUUGGUAUGACAGUACGGCUGUCUACCACGGGUACGGCGGCCUCUCAUGUCUUUGGUAUGACAGUACGGCUGUCUACCACGGGUAAGGCGGCCUCUCAUGUCUUUGGUAUGACAAUGCGGCUGUCUACCACGGGUAAGGCGGCCUCUCAUGUCUUUGGUAUGACAGUACGGCUGUCUACCACGGGUAAGGUGGCUUCUCAUGUCUUUGAUGUGACAGUACGGCUGUCCUCUACGGGUAAGGUGGCUUCUCAUGUCUUGGUAUGACAGCAUGGCUGCCUACCACGGGUAAGGCGGCCUCUCAUAAGCUGUGUCUUCGGUAUGACAGUCCUCUAGACACUUGUUUGUUUUAAACACUUACAUUGUAAGGAAAUUCUUGUCGGUUUAUUGAAAACAUGCAGCCAAUUGGUUUUAAAUAUAUUUUUGAAAUUAAAAUAUUGAAAUAAAUUACCUUUAAAAAGAAAAAAGUGGUAAUUUUAUCCACAACAAACAAUUAUAAUCAUAAUGAAACAUUUUUAAUUUGAAAAAAAGAGCAGAUAAUUCAUGUCUUAAACUUUGAUUUUCAGAAAUUUCCAAAGGGCAGGUGUUUUUCCAGGACAACAGUCACCUGUGUUAUGAGGAGUCGAUCAUCUGGGAUGACAUCAACCCCAACACACCCUCCCCCGUUAACUUCAAUAUCCAUAAGUCAGCCAAGCUAUGUACGUUCAUUUAAUUUUUUCCUUUUAAUACCCUGCCUUGAAUCACAAAACUUAAUUACCGAUACAACUAAUAAAUUGAUUGGCAUGUAUGUAAGAAUAAAAGUAUAAGGAAGUACAGCAUGGCUUUAUGGCUUUUAUUUCUAGAAAGUUCUCCCGUUAUAAUAAUAUGAUAAAAGAUGUCAUGCAGAAUCCCAUCCUUAGCUAUGUUGUCAUCAAUUUUUUAAUGAUGAAUCCCAUCCUUAGCUAUGUUGUCAUCAAUUUUUUAAUGAUGAAUCCCAUCCUUAGCUAUGUUGUCAUCAAUUUUUUAAAUGAUGAAUCCCAUCCUUAGCUGUGUUGUCAUCAAUUUUUUAAUGAUGAAUCCCAUCCUUAGCUAUGUUGUCAUCAAUUUUUUAAUGCCUAGAAAUGGUGUGUGUGUAAAUAUAUGUCUAUUUACAUAUAAAUUUAUACAUAUACACGGACCAUUUUUCUGAGUUCUUUUAAAUAAAAUGUACGCUUUAUUAUCAUCUGACUAAUUUCAGGUCCGCCUUGCCACAUGAGCUGUUAUAAUAACGUGACUGGCUUGGCCUCAUGUUGGGGUGAGGGACCAAACAUGUGUCAAAAACGUGAGUACCCAGCUAUGGCCAGUUGACAUACAAGUCUGAAAGCAGUGUCAUCUCUGCCCUUUUAGGCAGUGUCAUCUCUGCCCUCUUAGGCAGUGUCAUCUCUGCCCUUUUGGCUCAUUUAGCUGUGGGUUAAUUAAUCUCAUAUUCUUUACGUGUGUUGUGUGUGCGUGCGUGUGUUUGGGGGGUGGGUGGUAAUAAAUUAAAUUUAAGUUGUUAUUUUAGAGAAGCUAAUUUUAUUUGUUGAUUUUGUAGUUUUAUUGUUUGAAUGAAACUUUGUUAGCUCACUUGAAUUAUUGCUCACUUGAAUUAUUGCUCACUUGAAUGAUUAAUUAUGAAAGAUAACACAUACAGGACACAUUUUUUUCCAAGAAAUUUGAAAACUUUAAGACAACAUAUUAAAAGAAACUUUUUUAAAAAAAAUUGUUUAGCAAAACAUUAUGUCAGUUUACCUUGAUGUCUGCUCAAUAAUUUCAGCAUACAUUUGUUGUAAAUUCACAGCAGCCAUUUUCUUAAACGGGUUGUAUAGCAUUUUGCAACUGAUCAGUUGCAAGGCUCUAGAUACAUUUUAACUCAACACUGUACUUCCUUUAGUUACCCGCAAAAUUUGCCAUGGAAACUGUGCAUCUAAGAGUCGUUGUUACGGCAACAACUCUAACGAAUGCUGUUCUCCUGAGUGUGCCGGGGGCUGCACAGGGCCUCACAAAAAUGAAUGUUUUGUAAGUAUUUGUUCCUAGACUAGAAAAUGUUUUAAAACAUUGGUUUAGUGUCUCCCACUGAUCAGAUCUUAAGAUUUGUUUUGUAACCAUUACCCUCCCAGCCAAGCCCACUUCAUCCACCUUCACCAUUCACAUUUACCAUCCACCUUCACCAUCCACCUUCACCAUCCACCUUCACCAUCCACCUUCACCAUCCACCUUCACCAUCCACCUUCACCAUCCACCUUCACCAUUCACAUUUACCAUCCACCUUCACCAUUCACAUUUACCAUCCACCUUCACCAUUCACAUUUACCAUCCACCUUCACCAUUCACAUUUACCAUCCACCUUCACCAUCCACCUUCACCAUCCACCUUCACCAUUCACAUUUACCAUCCACCUUCACCAUUCACAUUUACCAUCCACCUUCACCAUCCACCUUUUUUGUUUAUGUUUUUUAAGUGCGACUAGAUUGUUGAAUUAAUUGUUUGAUUGAUUUCAUCAUGUGGAUUUUCCCAGGCCUGCCAACAUUUCAAGGAUAACGGUGAAUGUGAACCAUCUUGUCCCAAACCCCUUAUCUAUGACAAAAGCCUGAUGAUGAAUGUUAAAAAUCCAAAUGCCAAGUACCAGUUUGGCCCAAACUGUGUCGACUCUUGUCCAAGUAAGUUAAAGUUUCGCCUCGGUCAAUAAAUGUGCUCCGGUCUUGGAAAAAAAUGAUCGGUAUAUUCUAUCUAGUUUUCAUGCUUUAAGAUUCUGACUUACUUUUAUUCUAUCUAUCCUUCAUGUUGCAAGAUUCUGACUUUUAUUCUAUCUAGCCUUCAUGUUGCAAGAUUCUGAUUUACUUUUAUCUAUCUAGCCUUCAUUUUUGCAAGAUUCUGACUUUUAUUCUAUCUAGCCUUCAUGUUGCAAGAUUCCAAUUUACUUUUAUCUAUCUAGCCUUCAUGUUGCAAGAUUCUGAUUUACUUUUAUCUAUCUAGCCUACAUGUUGCAAGAUUCUGAUUUACUUUUAUCUAUCUAGCCUUCAUGUUGCAAGAUUCUGACUUACUUUUAUUCUAUAUAGCCUUCAUGUUGCAAGAUUCUGGGAGUUGUGUGAAAAAAUGUACAGAGGGAAAACAUGCUGCCGAUAACAGAAAUUGUGAAAAUUGUGUUGGGCCUUGUCCAAGAAGUGAGUAGAUUCUCCACAAUUUGUUUAUGGUUUUCCUGUUCAAGAUGAAAUGCUGCGCCUGAUUCUGAAUUCCAUGUUACAGAUUCCAUCAAGACUACACCUACCAUUCUGUUACACCUAUCAUCAUUUCAUUAUGGCCAUCAUUUUAUUAUGGCAGGGCAGAUAUUUUAUAUUAUUUCAUUAUUUUAUUUUGGGGGGGGGGGAGGUAUAGUUCUCUUGCCCCUAUAGUUCAAUUGCCCCUAUAGUCUAAUGUCCCAAUAGUUCUAUUUCCCCAGGAAAAUGAAUAAGGAACUAAAACUGUGUUAGUUAAAAUAACUUGUAUUUUAUUGUCUCAAAUACACUAUGUCUAGACCACACCAUCACUCAACCACACUAUGUUUCAACCACACCAUCACUCAACCACACCAUGACUCAACAACACCGUGACUCAACCACACUGCGACUCAACAACACAUCACUCAACCACACUAUUCUCAACCACUUAUGAUUCAACCACACCAUCACUCAACCACACUAUAACUCAACCACACCAUGACCCAACCACACCAUGACCCAACCACACCAGACCCAACCACACCAUGACCCAACCACACCAUCACUCAAUCACACCAUCACUCAACCACACCAUCACUCAACCACACCAUGACUCAACCACACCGUCACUCAACCAUGCCAUCACUCAACCACGCCAUCACUCAACCACACCAUCACUCAACCACACCUUCACUCAACCAUAAGGUAGUGAUGACCCAUUUAUUCCCAGUACAGUAUAGCUGUAUCACUGUAAGACAUGUCAACAAAAUUGCCAGUCUUAAUGACAACAUUUUAAUUUCUUCAAUAAGUAUCAACAUUGCAUAUUAUCAUAGAAGGAACAUUUCUCAUUCUAAUUACACAUUGAUAAAAUGGCCAAUUAUUUAUUUAGUUUUUAAAAUAUUAUUGAAAACACAAAAAUGAAUAUGAACAUUCUUUGAACAUUCUUGAUUUGUACACAAAAAAAAAUAAACCACAGCUUGCAAAAUGACUGCACACUUGGACGCUAUGACGCUGCCCCAUUUAGAAAACUGUACAAUUAUCGAUGGUAAUUUAAUAAUGCUUGGUACCACCCUGUUAGGGUAAGUUGAAACGCUUGGCAGCAUUUUCAGAAUGAUCCUCAGUAGUCAACCCCUUUGUUAUUUAUGAUAGAAUGCAUUGAGCCGUGACAGCACCAUGUCCUUGUUAGUCAUGAUUUAACAUUACUUGUAUCCAGUCUGUCAAACUAGCAGCCAUUUUUUAAUUUAAACAAAUUAUUUUUUUUUUUCUUUUAACAGUGACAUGACCUUGUUGAUGCUUGAUUUAGUCUAGUGUAUGCUCACUGUUGUCUGUCAUUCCACUUUGAUAUUGGGGGGGGGGGGGGGGGGGGGGGUGGGGGUGGCAACAAGACGCAUGUGAUAUUUUUAUUCUAUUUCACAUGUGAGAUAUAAUGUCUGCAUUAAAACUUAUGAUGCAAUUUUAGAUUCUCUCCAAUUGCGAAAAGUUAAAAGACCUAUUACAAAUUAGAAUUUUUUAUGUAUCAAAACUUUUGAAUGAGCUAUAUUGAUGGGGACCUAAUUAAUAAGUAUCUCGUUAGUUAUAUCUAAAUGAAUCUAUUAUGAUUUUUUCUUUUAUGGGGGGAUUUUAAAAGGCCCCCCCCCCCCCCCCCAAACCUCUUUCCACACACACACACCCAAACCAAUGCAAAUUCACAAUGUGAAUCCUCUUUGUAAAUCCUCUCAUCUACCUCUACAUACAGCAUGUUCACACCAACACAUUAAAACAACAUAUUCCUAGCCUCUGUUACACUGACGUAGUCCUACCUCCUGUUACAUUGACAUAUUCCUACCCUCUGUUACACUGACAUAUUCCUACCUCCUGUUACACUGACAUAUUCCUACCUCCUGUUACACUGACAUAUUCCUACCGUCUGUUACACUGACAUAUUCCUACCUCCUGUUACACUGACAAAUUCCUACCUCCUGUUACACUGACAUAUUCCUACCCUCUGUUACACUGACAUAUUCCUACCUCCUGUUACACUGACAUAUUCCUACCCUCUGUUACACUGACAUAUUCCUACCUCCUGUUACACUGACAUAUUCCUACCCUCUGUUACACUGACAUAUUCCUACCCUCUGUUACACUGACAUAUUCCUACCCUCUGUUACACUGACAUAUUCCUACCCUCUGUUACACUGACAUAUUCCUACCCUCUGUUACACUGACAUAUUCCUACCCUCUGUUACACUGACAUAUUCCUACCCCCAGUUACACUGUUACUGCUAAAUGCCUCACGUAUUAUAUACACUUGAAUUAUUAAUUAAUUGUUUGUUAAUAACUCGAGGGUUUGACAAACCCUUCUUUGCUUGCCUUUAGCUUUACAUCUAAACACAACCAAAUGUGAUUUACAUAUUUGGGUGAGACUUAGCUGGCAAUUAAAGCCAAUUGAGGCGUCAUACCCAGACUAUUUAGGGCAUUUACAAGCCACGAAGCAUACACCAUCCAAUUAGACAUACACCAUCUUAUUAGACAUACCAUCCAAUUAGACAUACAAAACCAUUCUGGCAUUUAUAAGCCGAAUAAGAAUAUACAAUUUGAAUCGGGCAGGACAAUGUAUUUGAAAUUGUAUAAAUCAUGAUAGACUUCAUUGCUUCGGUCCACUUUACCCACCCUCUAAGAUAGACACUUUUUGCAUCGGCCCACAUUACCCUCAAAGAUAGACCCCAUUUCAUCGGUCCACUUGAACCUGGAAGAUAGACCCCAUUCAUUGGUUCACAUUACUCUCCCCACUCCAUGAAGCAUGUCACUGAUGAUAGUCUAUGUCCACAAAUGUUUGCCAUACUCUACCUUAUCAAUCAUGCUAAAUCCUAGUAGUUUCAAUGUGACGUUUGCAUCCUAUGAUAAUAACCUCAAUGAAUUUGAAUGUUUCUUACUGUAGUUAUUAACAUUGCAUUUCUUGAAUAUUGUUGAAAUGAUUACAUGUUGUUGAUCAAUUAGCAAGUAUCUGUGCUCUGAUUUUAGUCACUGGUGUUGUUGAUAACGUCAUGAUGUCCACUACUCAAGUCAUAUUUUUAACCCAUAGUAACCCAACUCAUAAAUUGAACAGAGCUUCUCAAAUUUCUUUCGAUGUGCUCAACUGGUAAAAGCUAAAAGUUUUAAGAGUUGGAUUUAUUUCUCACUUUUUUGUUAGGGAGAAUGGAUGGGUGUGGUAAGGUAGAAAACUUCAUUUAACUUGUUAAAAGGGUAUGCAUGGUUGGGGUACUUCCGUUUCCAGUUUGAGAGGCUCUGUAUUAGUUUGCUCAAAUAAUAUCCUGAAAAGGUGUUACAAAAAUAUUGUAUAAAAUUAUUUCUUUAUGGAAAAAUGAAAGAAUAUUCAUAAUAAAGUCAUAAUAAAUGGUUUGUAGUAGGCCUACAUUUGAUCUCAGUAGGCCUACAUUUGAUCUCAGUAGGCCUACAUUUGAUCUCAGUAGGCCUACAUUUGAUCUCAGUAGGCCUACAUUUGAUCUCAGUAGGCCUACAUUUGAUCUCAGUAGGCCUACAUUUGAUCUCAGUAGGCCUACAUUUUGAUCUCAGUAGGCCUACAUUUGAUCUCAGUAGGCCUACAUUUGAUCUCAGUAGGCCUACAUUUGAUCUCAGUAGGCCUACAUUUGAUCUCAGUAGGCCUACAUUUGAUCUCAGUAGGCCUACAUUGAUCUCAGUAGGCCUACAUUUGAUCUCAGUAGGCCUACAUUUGAUCUCAGUAGGCCUACAUUUGAUCUCAGUAGGCCUACAUUUGAUCUCAGUAGGCCUACAUUUGAUCUCAGUAGGCCUACAUUUGAUCUCAGUAGACCUACAUUUGAUCUCAGUAGGCCUACAUUUGAUCUCCAGAAAAUGUGAAUUGAUAUUAGGGAAUAUUUUCCCUGGCAAUGGAUUUUUCUUUGAGCAAUUUCAUGAGCUUGAUUUCUCCUUUGUUUGUGUGUUGAUGAUUUCAUUUGAUUUGAUUUCAUUUUCGUGACGUGGUCAGGUGAACAAUGGAAGCCAUAUUUUAUUUUUCGUUUCAUUUUUGUGCAUCUUCCCCCUAGCAUGCAAAGGUUUUGAGGAAGGUUUUCUCAACUUGACCGCCCUGCACCUCUUUGAGGACUGUACUAGCAUUGACGGUAGCUUGCGUAUCUUGAAGUCCUCGUUUGAACGGUGAGAGUCAGCACAAUCAAUUAAUCACAGUUCAGAAGGAGCACAUAAAACGGACCCCUCAAUAAACUGGGUCACUCAUUGAAAAACAAAAAAAACAGUUUCAAAUAUAUAUAAAUUUUUUUUUUUUUCCAAAUUCAGUUCAAAAUUAUCGCAAAUUAUUUUUCAAAUAAAACUUUUUGGUUCAGAACCAUAACAUAAAUUUCUUCAGACCGCUAGUACUUUGGUUCAGGACCAAAACAUAAAUUUGUUCAGACCGCUUGUUUAUGCACAGCAGAUUUAAAUAAUGCUAUUGAUCUGGAACCAUCACAAUUAUUUGUACACAAAAAUUCCAUUUUAAAUAUUUUGGUUUUCAAUUUGGAAGUAGACUAGAUAAUUAUAACACAGUUUGAUGAGUUUGGUAGUACCAUUAUAACACAUCUAGGAAGUAGAUUAGAUAAUUAUAACACAGUUUGAUGAGUUUGGUAGUACCAUUAUAACACAUCUAGGAAGUAGAUUAGAUAAUUAUAACACAGUUUGAUGAGUUUGGUAGUACCAUUAUAACACAUCUAGGAAGUAGAUUAGAUCUUUAUAACACAGGAAGUAGUUAGCUAACUAUAACCUAAUAUUAAACGAGUAAGAAAGAUCGUACUAUAUAACACUUAUCAAGUGGUGAUGGUUUUACCUAUGAGGCUGCAGUUUUUACAAAUUUUUUUUUAUUGGAGCAGGGGCCAUAACUUAUGUAGGCUACACUGAUUAGAGUUAUUUACAAAUAGUUGAAUUUUUUAAAGUAAAUACAAAUUGAAUAAAUGCGAAACAUCAUGACCUUAAAACUUGUUACCGAUACUACAGGUCAUAUAAGAACAAAUGCCAUCUUUUAUAUUAAGUGUUGAAAUCCAGCCAGGUGUUGCAGGCCCAAGUCUUCAACUUUUUAUCCCUGGUGCAGAGGUCCUCAAAUUGCAGACUUCAAAAUCAUUUAUAACUUAAAUGAUUUUUUGUUUCAAGUUUCUGUUCAUUUUAUCAUAGGCAAAUACAGGCAGCUUACAUAUCUACCAAUGUAAGGCAGCCUCUCAAUGUAAGGCAUACUACCACUGUAAGGCAGCCAGCCAAUGUAAGGCAGCCAGCCAAUGUAAGGCAGAUUACCACUGUAAGGCAGCCAGCCAAUGUAAGGCAGAUUACCACUGUAAGGCAGCCAGCCAAUGUAAGGCAGCCUACUGGUGUAAGGCAGUCUACCAGUGUAAGACAGCUUGCCAGUGUAAGACAGCCUACCAGUGUAAGACAGCCUACCAUUUUAAGACAAAAUACCAGUGUAAGGCAGUCUACCAGUGUAAGACAGUCUACCAAUGUAAGACAGUCUAUCAAUGUAAGACAGUCAACAAUGUAAGACGGUCUACCAAUGUUUCUGUUUCUCUGUACUUUUUGGAGCCCACUAACUAAAUAAUGGAUGUGUAUCAAAGGCUGUGGCAUUAAUGAGUAAAUAAUUGAUUUGUAUCAAAGGCUGUGGCAUUAAUGAGUAAAUAAUUGAUUUGUAUCAAAGGCUGUGGCAUUAAUGAGUAAAUAAUUGAUUUGUUUCAAAGGCUGUAGCAUUAAUGAGAAAAUAAUUGAUUUGUAUCAAAGGCUGUAGCAUUAGUGAGUAAAUAAUGGAUUUGUAUCAAAGGCUGUAGCAUUAAUGAGUAAAUAAUUGAUUGGUAUCAAAGGCUGUAGCAUUAAUGAGUAAAUAACUGAUUUGUAUCAAAGGCUGUGGCAUUAGUGAGUAAAUAAUUGAUUUGUAUCAAAGGCUGUAGCAUUAAUGAGUAAAUAAUUGAUUUGUAUCAAAGGCUGUGGCAUUAAUGAGUAAAUAAUUGAUUUGUUUCAAAGGCUGUAGCAUUAAUGAGUAAAUAAUUGAUUUGUAUCAAAGGCUGUAGCAUUAAUGAGUAAAUAAUUGAUUUGUAUCAAAGGCUGUGGCAUUAAUGAGUAAAUAAUUGAUUUGUUUCAAAGGUUGUAGCAUUAAUGAGUAAAUAAUUGAUUUGUAUCAAAGGCUGUAGCAUUAAUGAGUAAAUAACUGAUUUGUAUCAAAGGCUGUAGUAUUAAUGAGUAAAUAACUGAUUUGUAUCAAAGGUUGUGGCAUUAAUGAGUAAAUAAUUGAUUUGUUUCAAAGGCUGUAGCAUUAAUGAGUAAAUAAUUGAUUUGUAUCAAAGGUUGUAGCAUUAAUGAGUAAAUAAUUGAUUUGUAUCAAAGGCUGUGGCAUUAAUGAGUAAAUAAUUGAUUUGUAUCAAAUGCUGUAGCAUUAGUGAGUAAAUAAUUGAUUUGUAUCAAAUGCUGUAGCAUUAGUGAGUAAAUAAAUGAUUUGUAUCAAAUGCUGUAGCAUUAAUGAGUAAAUAAUUGAUUUGUAUCAAAGGCUGUAGCAUUAGUGAGUAAAUAAUUGAUUUGUAUCAAAGGCUAUGGCAUUAAUGAGUAAAUCAUUGAUUUGUAUCAAAGGCUGUAGCAUUAGUGAGUAAAUAAUUGAUUUGUAUCAAAUGCUGUUGCAUUAAUGAGUAAAUAAUUGAUUUGUAUCAAAGGCUGUAGCAUUAGUGAGUAAAUAAUUGAUUUGUAUCAAAUGCUGUAGCAUUAGUGAGUAAAUAAAUGAUUUGUAUCAAAUGCUGUAGCAUUAGUGAGUAAAUAAAUGAUUUGUAUCAAAUGCUGUAGCAUUAGUGAGUAAAUAAUUGAUUUGUAUCAAAGGCUAUGGCAUUAAUGAGUAAAUCAUUGAUUUGUAUCAAAGGCUGUAGCAUUAGUGAGUAAAUAAUUGAUUUGUAUCAAAUGCUGUUGCAUUAAUGAGUAAAUAAUUGAUUUGUAUUAAAGGCUGUAGCAUUAGUGAGUAAAUAAUUGAUUUGUAUCAAAGGCUGUAGCAUUAAUGAGUAAAUAAUUGAUUUGUAUCAAAGGCUGUAGCAUUAGUGAGUAAAUAAUUGAUUUGUAUCAAAGGCUGUAGCAUUAGUGAGUAAAUAAUUGAUUUGUAUCAAAGGCUGUAGCAUUAAUGAGUAAAUAAUUGAUUGGUAUCAAAGGCUGUAGCAUUUUGUUUGUAAAAUUUUCGCAGCGUUCAAAGAAAUUUAUUUGUAAAUUGAAAUAUUUUUUGUCUUAAAUUCAGUUACAGUUUUAUAGCUGCUGUUGUUUUUAUGUGUCUUCUGCUGUUGUCUUUUUAAACUAUUUUGUAUGCUGGCAUGCACCUCUGUGUAGUUGAGUACUCUUGUAAAUCAUGGUAGUAGAUUCGUCCUAACAAUUAACACACAAUUCAAUUUAGUCUACUAACAGUAAAACUUGCUUUUAUUUCAAUCUAUGAUGUGAUUGUGGCAAUAAAAAUGUAAUAUAAGAAAUGUUCAACUUCAGCCAUAAAAUCCUCGUACUUGACAAUGUGAAAGGAACUUAGUUGUUUUGGUGGUCUUUUUAUAAAUAAUAAUAAAACCUGGUCUUUUUAUACUGAUGUCAGUUUGACACCAAGAUCUAAGAGACAUUUACAUUUAUAAAAAAACAUGUGUCAUUGAUUGGCAGAUAUUUAAACGGAUAAUUAAUGAUUAAAUAUAUAAAGCCUAAAAGAAUUUUUAAUGAAUAAUUCAGGGGCCUUUUGAAAUAAUAAAAAAUUGAACUUAAUUGUUUAAAUUAAUGUGGAUCAUCUCUUUACUGAGACCAUUGUAACAAAUACAAGGCCAACUUAUUCAAUUUCAUUUUCUCAUAAUUAGGUGUAUAUUUAAAUGCUCUCUAACUAAAUAGAUUUUUUUGAAUGUUAAAAAAAACAACACUGUCUAGGCCUAUCUUUGAUCAAAAAAAAUUUUUUUUUUUAAAUAUCGGCUUCAACCAUUAGCUACUUUAGUUUUGUAUUAAUCUUCAUGUACUCACUAUGUUAUAAGAAUUUUCUGGUGUAGACAAAAUACAACCCAAAAAAGUUACAUUGAAAAUAUUCUAUUAAAGGUAAUAUUUUAUACCUCCAUAUUUACCUCCACAAAUUAUCAAAAGUUGUUGAAUUUGUUAAAAAACAAAACAACGUUCCUAAAGCUCUUUUUAAAUUAUUGUUUUACUUUAAAAAAUUAAGUUAACAAAAUCAGUAAAAUUGAUCUGAUAUUAAAAAAAUCUGCCUUUAUAUUACCGGUAUAUAUAAACAAAAAUGAAAAUGACCCAAAUUAAUUUUCAAAAUAAAGUUAAGACAUCAGUUGGCUUAUUUAUCCACUUACCACCUGGCAUAUAUUACCUCAUCAUUUUUUUUUAAAUAAUAAGCAGCCAUCAAAUUGAAUGUUAGAAUUAAAAGUAGCAAGUCACUUAAAAUUAAAUAUUUCUAUUUCAUGCAUUUUGUAUAACUAUGAAAUGGACUCUGAUUAAGAAGAACUGUUUUGUCCAACAGUGAUCUUCAUUUUAAAAUUGAAGGCAUCCAUCCACACAAUUUGUCCGUACUUCAGCAUGUGAAGGAGAUAACUGGCUAUCUACUUAUCCAGGCCUCUCAUCCAGAGUUCACAGACCUUGGUUUCCUUUCAAGCCUUGAGACUAUUCAUGGUCGGAAUGUUCAGUAAGUUGCACUGGGGGCGAAAAAAACAACUGUUAAGUUAUACAUUAUUUAUGUAUUAUUUGCAUAGAGAAUUUUUUAUUUUUUUUUUAUGAUGCGGUUCAAAUUGUAGUAUAGAGCACUACUGUGACUCUCUGUAUCGGGAUGGGGUGGGCCGGCGUGGGAUAGUUGAAAGACAAAUGGGCUACAUAUACACACAAUUUUUUUGUAUCUACUUUUUGGAUUAUAAACUCAUUAAUGUGUGUGGCUAAGUCAUUUGUGCUUGACUUAAUUUUUUAAUGACAUUCAAGCUCUAGUCACAUGUUUAAAGUCAUCACCAGUUGACUGUGACAACCUCUUGUCAAACAGCUGAUCACUAGUCAAAAUUAUCCUGACAUUUGUAAUCUUCUGUGAUAUCUUGACUUUGAGCUAAAUACUCUACGGCAUGUAGUUCUUGUGUUGGGUGACGUGGUGCUAUUGUUCACUAUAAAUAAUACAAUCAGUGUGUUCAAAAAACAUAUUUACAAGUUUUCAGGUGUUCAUGAACUACUCAAAUUUAAGACAAUCGUUAUUUUUUUAAACACACACACACACGUAUGCACCCCACACACACCAUGAUUUAAAAAUAUACCUGUUUAUCUCUUGAUCUCAGUGGUAGCAUGAGUGCCUCCCUGGACAUCAUGAGCACACCACUCAAGUCUCUAGACCUCAAGUCAUUGAAAUACAUCAGAAAUGGCAACGUGAACCUGUUAAAUAACAAAGAAUUGUGCUUCGCUCACUCGGUCAACUGGAGCAAGCUGUUCAUGCAUGAGAACCAGAGGGCCAAUCUCAAGUUCAAUAGAAAUCCUCAAGAUUGUCGUACGUACUGACUUUGAGCUAGAUACUAUAAGGCAUACUUUUUGUUGUUUUUGAGGCAUGGUCUUUCAUCAGUUAAAAAAUCUAAUUGAUCACUAAGAGACUAUAGAGACUAGACAGAGAGAUAGAGAAAUGGAAAGAAAGGAAGAUACAAUUGUCACUAAGGGAGUUGGUAUAUGAUUUCUGAAUUUUAUGCUUGAGAAAUACUUAAGGUGUCUUGUGUUCAAAUUGUUAUAGUUUUAAAAUUUUGUCUUCGUUAGAAUACAUAUUUAUCUAUGAUUUAUCUAAAGUAAUAAUGAAAAAUGUAAAUUUAAAAAAAAUCCAUUUAUUUGUAUCAAUAAAAGAAUCUUAUCUUAUCAAUAAUUUUUGCUCAGCUCUUCUCAGUUAAUUCAAUAGCUCUAUUUGUUUAAGAAGAAUUCCCAGUAUAUUAAUUUCUCCAUUGACUCGUAUAGGAGUUGUACAGGACCAAUCUGUAACAUAACAGUCCGGUCAUGGGACAGUGACCUCAUAUCAUCUGAAUUUGAUGUCCAGUCUUCUGUUUAAAAAAAAUGUUUUUGAUGCUACAUAUCAUGAAAGGACUGUUGCAUUUCAAAUUUGUUCUGUUUAAGUACAAGAGAUUGAAUGUUACAUUUGACUUUGCUUGUUUCAGAACGAGAGAAUGAAACAUGUGACCCACAAUGCCAUGCUCAGUCUGGCUGUUGGGGAAAAGGUCCUACCAAAUGCAUCGCCUGUGCGGCGUACUUUUAUGAGGAAGAAUCUUUGUGUCUCGCCAAAUGUUCGGACAAGCUGGGGCUCUACCACAAGAGCAACUUCAAGUGUGAGAAGUGCCACGAACAGUGUGAUGGAUCAUGCAAGGGGCCUGUGAGUAACUCGCGCACUGAUCCCAUGACUUACCAUGAGCAUGAUUAAAUAUAAUGAAAUAAUUUACUUAUGGUUCCUUUAUACACCGUUAUUUACAGUCCUGUUUAAACUGUUUCAAUUUAUUUUCAUUCCCCCCCCCCCCCAACUAUCACCACUAUCACCACCAUCAACCACCACUAUCACCACCACCGCUUUCAUCACUUUCGCCACCACCACUAUAAUCAUCACCACUAUCACCACCACUAUCACCACCACCACUAUCAUCAUCAUCACCACCACUAUCACCACCACCACUAUCAUCACUACCAUCAUCACUAUCACCACCACUAUCACCACCACCACUAUCAUCACUACCACCACCGCUAUCACCACCACUAUCACCACCAUCACCACUAUCACCACCACCACCACUAUCACCACCACUAUCACCACCACUAUCACCACCACUAUCACCACCACUAUCACCACCACCACUAUCACCACCACCAAUAUCACCACUAUCACCACCACCAUUAUCACCACCAUCACCACCAUCACCACCACUAAACCAUCAUCACUAUCACCACCACCAUCACCACCACCACUAUCAUCACUACCACCACCGCUAUCACCACCACUAUCACCACCACCACCACCAUCACCACCACCACCACUAUCACCACCACUAUCACCACCACUAUCACCACCACUAUCACCACCACUAUCACCACCACCAAUAUCACCACCACCAAUAUCACCACUAUCACCACCACCAAUAUCACCGCUAUCACCACCAUCACCACCACUAAAUCCUGAUUGUCAAGAUUUGUCAAACUUUUCCCAAAGCCCACCUUCACCCUCUAAUUGUUGAUGUAAUUUAUGAAUGCUACCUAAACUUUGCAUGGAUGUAUUUAUGUAUGAAGAGUAACCUAAGAUAGAACACACUAGCCUUAACUUAAGUAUUAUGAAUUUUCCCAUUUUAUUGAGAUAAAACAUACAAAUUAGAUGAAACAUACAUAAUAGAUCAAACAUACAUAAUACAUCAAACAUAUGUGAAAGAUCAAACAUACAUAAUAGAUCAAACAGGGAACAAUGCAGUACAAAAAUAGUUGGUGCCAAGAACCUUGUACGUUACACAAAAAUACAUUCAAAAUGUUAUUGAAUUAUUUUUUUUUCACGUUUGUUAUAAACAUUUCAGAGCAACUCUGAAUGUGACAAAUGUAAAUAUGUGUCAUUGAAAAAUAAAAACGGCUAUGUGACGUGUGAAGCACAGUGUCCAGAGUCAUUGUAUCCUGACGAAGAUAAAGUGUGCCAACCUUGUCAUCCAUUCUGUCACAGGGGGUAAGGAAAUACAAACAUUAAAAGACCUUUUUUUAAUCAUAGGAAAUUCUACCAAAAUGAAAACUCAAAUCAGCUGGUGCGCACAUUAAGUGGGAAACGGAAGAAAUUUAUUUUGUAAAGUUUAGGUGUUGGUAUCAGGUUGACCUCACUGGGUGUUGGUGUCAGGAUGACCUCACUGGGUGUUGGUGUCAGGAUCACCUCACUGGGUGUUGGUAUCAGGAUGACCUCACUGGGUGUUGGUGUCAGGAUCACCUCACUGAGUGUUGGUAUCAGGAUGACCUCACUGGAUGUUGGUGUCAGGACUACCUCACUGGGUGUGUGUAUCUGAACUAUGUCACAAAACAUGUAACAGUUACAUGUGUUGAUUGCCUACUCAAGUUUUUCCCUAGUUCUGGUAUAAACUGCUACGUUAAAAACAAAAUGUUAUUGAUGCCAACCCAUUUAUAAAGUUGAGGUUAAAUUUGUAUGUCCAGCUCUCUCUUUAGCAACACAUUGUACAAUUAAACAAUGCUCAGAAGAAAGUUUACAUGUACCUGAAGGAAAUGUUGUAACAAUUAAAAAAAAUUAAUAGCAGAAUUGUGUUGGAAUUAAUCAGUGCGUGAUAUCAAUUCUGUUAGUUCAUUGAAAUGGAGAACAUCUUGAAAGGGGGGGGGGGGGGCUUUUUGGGGGGGGGGGGGGGGGGGGGGCAUUUUGGAUAGUUCUGCUGAUUUGUCAUAUAUGUAUGGCAGUGUAUGCCUUCAUAGUGUUCAUUUGACCUGGUCUUGUAUCCACAGAUGCACCGGCCCUAAUGAAACGGUGGGUCCAGGUGGAUGCAACGCCUGUGAGCUGGGGAUACGAAAAUCUGACAUAUCCAUCAUCAGAUGUCUGGCCCCCACUCCGAAAAAAUCAGUCGAGUGUGACACGGGUUUUUUUCACAUCCGGGUUACCACUAACUCAAUAUCAUUUCCAGUGAGCUCCUCAUUUUUUAUCAAGCAUCUAAUGUUACUGUGUUGUAUUAGCCUGAGUUGGCUUUAGGGCUAAGUAAAUCAAGAGUCAUAUCAAAAAAAUUCAGGCUAUCACUUUUCUUUCAAGUUUGCUUAAUUUUUUUUCAACACUUAUUUUGAAGGUUUUUGUAAUGACUACCGUGUUAACAAAUACUUAUUCUAUUCACAAAGGUUUGUGAGAACUGCGAUGAGCUCUGCAUCACUUGUACCGCCGCCUCAACUCAUAACUGCGAAAAGUGCCGCUACUUCAGGCAUGACAGGCAUUGUGUAAAAGAAUGUCCCAGUUUCUAUUUUGCCAACAAUGUGACCAAUGAUUGUGAAAUGUGCCACACCGAGUGCCGGGGUGGGUGCAGUGGCCCAACCACGGCCGACUGUAAAGCCUGCUCCAAUUUUAAAAUUUAUUUUGAUGCUGAGCAGAAAUUGGUAAGUGUCGAUUCUUAAAUUUUGUUAGGUGUGCUUAAAUUAAUUUUUUUAUUAAAAUGUGUCCUUAAAGUUCACAAUUGCGAACGCAAAGGGAAAAAAUGUAGGUCAGGCUAAUGGCCGUAACACCUUCCCUCUUAUAAAAAGAAUUUUAAAAGAUAAUAUUUUGUUGACAGAAAAUUUGCCAAGAAAGUCCUUCAAAAUUAAGCAUAUCUUUUUGCCAGUGCUUGUGAAAAUACUAUCCGUGCUUAAAUGGUGUUAUAAUUUGACCUGAGGUCAUCUCAUGGACCAACCAUUUCUCAAACUUAUUUCCAGUUCAACUGCACAUCUAAAUGCCCCACAACUCUGCCGUAUAACGUCAAAGAUCAUGAGUCGGAUGAAAACAGAGUUGUCUGUGCAGACGGGACACACCCCGAUAUCAUGAGAAUACUGGACAAAAGUGCAGAGUGAGUUUGUGCAUUAAAUUCUAGGUCAGGAAUUUAUUAUAUUAAAACCGAUGAAGGGACUUAGCUAAAUCAUCAAGAUAAAACUUCAAGAAUACAGUGACGUCUAGUGACAGUAACAGUGACGUCUAGUGACAGUAACAGUGAUGUCUAGUGACAGUAACAGUGAUGUCUAGUGAAUGUAACAAUGAUGUCUAGUGACUCUGUACGACUCAGUUAUUCAAAAAUAAUAUUUGGCCAGACUGCAAACCAAUGUUGAUUGUUUUUUGGGUUCAGUUCCAAUGACCGCCUUACUUCUUAUCCUCAGGGAGGAAAAAAAGAAAGUUAUCAUCUUUGGUGUCACAAUCCCGGCAGCUGUUAUCCUGCUGCUCAUCAUCAUAUUUGUGAGUUACUUCUGCUACAAGCGAGCCAGGAACAACAUGAAGGCCGCCGAGUACACUGCCAAAAUUACCGGAGUUGAAGAGAUUGAGGUAACAUUUGACACCUUAGAUUUUUUUUUGUCCUGUUUGAACUUAAGCAUUUUUGUUUCCACAGAGUGAAGUUUCACAAAGAGAAAUCUUUAUUUGCUGUCAUUGCGAAGUCUGAAAUAAUUUUUGAAGUAUUUAUGAGCUGCUAUUCCCAAGACUAAGAGAAUACUUCAAAGAUUAGAGUAAUUUUUAUGAAAUUUUUUAUGUAUUAUUAUUUCAAAGACCAGGGUAAUUUUUUAUGCAAUGUUUAUGUAAUACUGCCUCAAAGACUGGAGUAAUUUAUGAAAUCUUUAUGUAAUAAUACUUCAAAGACUGCAGUAAUUUAUGAAAUCUUUAUGUAAUAAUACUUCAAAGACUGCAGUAAUUUAUGAAAUGUUUAUGUAAUAACACUUCAAAGACUGCAUUAAUUUAUGAAAUAUUGUUUUGCAGCCACUUACACCUACCAAUGCCAAACCUGACUUGUCACAAAUGAGAAUUAUUAAUGAGGAAGAGUUGAGGAAGGGUGCUAUCAUUGGCUCAGGAGCGUUUGGUACAGUAUAUAAGGUGUGCUAUUUGAAAUUGUGCUCAAUGUUGGCAGCUUGGAAAGUCUUGGAACUUAUGAAUGAGAGGAGAUUAAAAAAUUGUUACAAAUAACUUUUUGUGUUCAUAUUUAAAACCUUUUCUCCAUAUUUCAGGGCAACCACACUUAGGCAUCAUAUUUAAAACAUUUUUUGAUCUAUAUUUCAGGGCAUCUGGAUCCCACACGGUGAAAAUGUGAAGAUCCCUGUAGCCAUUAAAAUCCUCCAAGAAGGCACUUCUCCGGGUCAGUCCACUGAGCUGCUGGAGGAGGCCAGGGUUAUGUGCAGUGUGGAACACAUCUGCUGUGUGAGGAUCUUAGCUGUUUGCCUCAAGUACCAGAUGAUGCUGGUCACCCAACUCAUGCCCCACGGCAACCUGCUCAACUACGUCAGGGACAACGCUCAGCACAUUGGGUCCAAGGCUCUGCUGAACUGGUGCACUCAGAUUGCAAGGGUUAGUUUGUUUGCUUGUUGUGCUUCUGCACUGCUGUUACUGUCAAUUCUGUAACAUUUAUAGAGGUUAUUUAUUGAUUGGAAACAAACCAGGAGUUAACUUACGGUUGCUUUCUUUGAUAAGUACACCAUCAUUAUAUAAAUUGUUUUCUUGUCACGAUAUAUUCCCGCAAAUUAAAUUCUGGGCUUUUCGUAUGUUGUGUGUCUAAACCUUCAUUCCAUUCUCACUGGUUUCUGUCCACAGGGGAUGGCAUACCUUGAAGACCGGGGAAUCGUGCACAGAGAUCUGGCCGCUCGUAACGUCCUAGUACAAACACCUAACCAAGUUAAGAUCACAGACUUUGGGUUGGCCAAGUUGCUGGACUCUGACGCUGAUGUCUACCAAUCUUCUGGUGGCUUGGUGAGUGUCAAGGCAUUAAAGGGGACACAAUCUAUCGGCAUCCUUCCGUCUCGUGAGACGAUGGUGCAUCACCGUUUGGUUGGGUUGCAUUUUCUCGAGUGGCUGUGCAGUCCUAUCCUUGAGUGACAGUCUUUACCACAGUUUUUACACACGAGUUCCGUGCUUCUAAAUGUUUUGGCCUUUCUCCUAGCUCUUCUGUCUGCAGCCUCUUCCAUUCUUCGCUCCUCGGCUACCAUGACGCCCUCUUUGACAACUGUGCGCCAGAAAGGGGACACAAUAGGCAGGACAAUUGGGGACUUGGGAAUCACUUGGGUUUAUGCUGGCAACAGUUUUGUAUAGUUAUUGAACUUGGUGACUACAGCACACACAAAAUUAUAUACCUUUUAUUGUUCUAAGAAAGAAUUGCUGAAUAUAGCAGUACCUAGUAGAGAGACAAUAUUUAAUGAGGGACAUUCUUAUGGUCUGUCAUAAAUAUAAACCAUUGUAAUAAAAUAACAUGACCGUUUUACCAAAAAUAUACAUCUUAACCCUUUACUGAAUUCUGUUUAAAAACUCAAUUUGUAUAACAAAAUUAUUUAACUAUUUUUAUGGGGUUUUUUUGUUAUGUGGAAACUCUUAUAAAAGUUUGGGCAGUUAUCAUUGUACUUGAUCAAUUUUAUUUAAUCUCUUUUUCAUAAAUCUUAUUUUAAAGCCUAGCCUAUUUUUUUGAAAAAUAUUUAUGAUGUAUAACAGUGUAGUGGUUGUAAUAUUGUAUAGUGCUAGUUAACGUAAAUGGGUAAAUGUAUAACAGUGUGGUGGUUGUAAUAAUGUAUAGUGCUAGUUAACGUAAAUGGAUAAAGCUACACAAAGAGAAUCAUCUGUUGGAAGAUUAUUUCUUCUAAAUAACUGCAGUAUUUAUUUCUUAGAUGCCUAUCAAAUGGCUGGCCUUGGAGUGCAUCAACCACAGAAUCUUCACCCACAAGAGUGAUGUCUGGAGCUUUGGUAAGACUUUCAACGGAAUUGAUUUUUUUUUUUUAAAGUGUGCUUUUUGCCUUAAAUGUAUACACUAUUUAUGAAUACUAUUGAAGAAAAUAAGACUUGACCAUACAUUCAUAAGUACCUUAAACUUUUCUAUACACUGGGCUUCAGCUUUCUACACUGGGCUUAUACUUGUUAUACACUGAUGUUUAAACUUGUUAUACACUGGGAUUAAACUUUUUAUACACUGGGGUUAAGAAAAAUAUAUUUUUAUCGCCUGGCCAGAUUUUAUGGGUUUCUUUAAAAAAUGUAUUUGUCUUUUAUUCGCAGGCAUUACUUUAUGGGAGCUGUUUACACUUGGCAAGAAGCCCUAUGAAAAUGUAAGGACCAAAGAUGUACCAAUGCUGUUAGAGAAGGGGGAGCGCCUCCAACAACCAUCCAUGUGCACUAUUGAUGUGUACAUGAUCAUGGUCAAAUGUAAGUACACUUUUAAGUGAACACCACUUGGAAGUGGAAAGAUAUUGACCCCAACUCUCAUUUGAGCAGCUGAAUAAGUAUCUGUACUAGUUUUGCUGUGGGGGUGUAUAUUUUUCAACAUAUUUUAUACAAAUACCAUGAAAUUUAAAGCAUUUUCACACAGAAUUGCUACAUCACACAUAAUAAUUUUCACAGGAAGUAGAUGAGUUAUCUUUACUCAUUCUUCAGUAUACUUAAAAAGCUUAGGACCCCUUGAAGAAAAUAUUUUAAAUGGGUCGAUCAAGUUUUAAAAGCUUUGCUAGCCCUGAGUUUAAAUGCUAACAGUAAUUUAUGAAUCUGAUUUAUUUUCCACUCUUUUCUGACCAGGUUGGAUGCUAGAAGCUGAAUCUAGGCCAUCUUUUCGAGAGCUGGUUGAUGAGUUUGCCAAAAUGUCACGUGACCCUGGGCGCUAUUUAGUGAUAGAGGUAAUUAUUGAUAGCAAAUGGUUUGACAUUACCAAAAAGAAGCAAAAAACACAUAAUUUUUAUUUUAAAAGAUUUCAUUCACUUUAAUUUAAAUAAAUUCAGUUACAGAUUUUAUUUCAAUGCAUUUCUGCUUGAAUUCAUUUAUUAUUAUGUCACAGGAACAGGCCAAGAACUGUUACAUACUUUUAAUUUAAUUAUUUUAAAUUUUUGUUCACCUAACACAAAAUUUGGCUUUGUAAAUUUGCUUUUUUUUAUGUCAUAGUUUCCUGUAAGAAUUCUUUAUUAUUAUUUGUUUUUGUGCACUAUGAUAUUUUCAUGUUGUUUAUUCUUUUAUUUUUUACCUGUUAGUAGUAGUUGUUUUUUUUGUUUUGUUUUGUUUAGGUUUUUUUGUGUUUUUUAGUAGUUGUUUUUUUUUUUUCUUUUGUUUUUUGCCAAUUGAAGAAACGGAAUUAUUUUAAAAAACUGUUUUCAUUGUUCACCAUAUUUUCUUUUAUUUUCAAGUAAGGCCUAACAUUAUCAUUAUUAUUUGUUGUUGGUUUUAACAAACUUUUUUCCACAAGUUGUGUAUGUUCAACACUUUCAAAAGUUAAAAUAAAAACAUAUUUUAAAACUUUUUCUUUUAACCGAAAAACAAUGAGACUAAUUGCAAAUAUAUUUAUUAUAUUAGAGCUCUUUCAGAAAUGUUUUGCUUAAGAAUUUAUUUUUUUAUUGAUUAAAUUGUUGUCAUAGUUUUGAAAUAGGAAGCUUCACUAUGCAGAGGUUAAAAAUAAGUUAUGACAUCAUCAAAUCAAUAUGGAUGAUUUAUUUGGCUGAAAAGUUCAAGCCCUACAAAAGAAUUUACCGCUCCACUUCAGGCAGAUCAGCUUUGCAGGUUUCCAGAAACAGCAUUUACAGGUUCAGAGCUAAAUUUAACUCCAAUUGUUGGUGUUGAAAUACAUCCUUGUCCAUCCUCGGGCAGGUUCUCACCAACCUACUUAGGAGCAGUUGCCGCAGCAAAUGAUGGUGCCGUGGCCUUGGUACCUGAGGUGAAGGUUGCGACCUUUUUUUUUCCAUUUACCUAGUUUUUCAGCUUUUUCUUGUAUGUUCUUUUGUUCUUGUCAGAAAUUUCUUUCAAUGUUACAACCUUGAACUUAUAUUUAUUUAAACAACCUCGGUUGACACCCCAGAAGAACAUCUCUAUGUGAGUGUGCCACUCUCUCUAUAUAUAUAUCUAUAUAAAUAUAUAUGUGUAUUUUUUGUAAAUCAAUGGGUUUUUUUUUAACUGGGAUUAAUGUAGAGUUCUUUUCAAUUACACCACACAUCAAAUAAGUUCAUUGAGCAUUUAGUGCUGUAUUUUGAAUGUAUUUUUUGUAUUGAAUAUUCAGAAUCAAAACCCAUGAUUUAGUCCAUGCCGCAAAGUAGCAUGGCAGCUAUUCAUUAUAUUACAAAAUAUAUCAAAAUUUUGUCAUUUUAACAGUAGACAGGUUUUUAGCACUGUUUUGGAAAGCUAAUUUUAUAGACCAUAGUAUUUAUCUUAUCUAAAGUGUUGGGUUAGAAUAAAUAAAUAUCUGAUCUUGUUCUCUGCUUCCAAUUAACCUAAUUUUAUUUUUAUUCCAUCAGCUGUGCAUGUGAGAUUUGUUUUAUUUUAUAGAUAAAAUGUUCCCUGUUUGUAAGGCACCAAAUAAAAAGAAUAAAACAUUAAAUAUUCUGCACUCUGACUUAAAUGGAUAAUUCUGUUGACUGUCAGCAUUCCCUCCCUUUCAAUGAUAUCCAAAUGGGUUUUCCCCCACUUUUAUAUAAGAUUAAAAACUAAAUAUUUUAACCAUUAUUUUAAUUCUGAACAUGAAAGUUGUUAUAUGUAGACUUACUUCAGCAACAUUUACCAAGAUCCAAUCUUUUUAACUUGCUCUUCAAAUGAACAUUUACGUUCAAAAAUGAAUAUGAAAUUCUCUAUCUUGUAAAAAUCAAGUUUGUUUGUCUAAUUUGACUUUGUGGUUUAUUUAAACUUAAUGUUCGUCUUUAUUUUCUUUUUAAUAUAGGAAAUAACAAGGUAGUAAUAAAGUUAGGCCUCAAUUUAAAAUCAAGCAACAUCUUCUUUUUUAUUUUUUUUUAUUUUUUGCUAAGAAAGAAUUUAAAAAAAGAAAGUCAUAUGUUUUAGUUGGGUGAUAUUUAUAUCUUAUAGGCCUACAUUGAAUAUUUUUUUGUAUGGAAAAAAAGAAUAAGCCCAUUAAGUAAUUCUAAAAAAAAACAUGACGCCUCUAAAAGUUGCUAUGUGAAGGAGAUUGAAUAGUAGCUUUCAUAAUUUCACAAGUUGUCACUGGGACCAGAAAUUUUUAUGGGAUGUGAUACAUCCAAGACAUUGUGGAGGUAUCACAUGAACGUAGAUAUAGAUUGACCGUUUUUUGUUUAUAAAGAAUCAGUUUAUGACUCCAAUUGCUUUGAUCAAUUUAAUGUUUUGUGUAUUAUUUUGUAAGGAUUUCUUUUUCGUAAUCUCUAAUAACUGUUCGUCUUAAGAAAGACAAUCUUAGCUCAUAACUAUAGUUAUGUCAUUCCUGUGUACAUUUAAAUUCCACUUGUCAUUUUCAUUUAUGCUGCUUCAUUUGCAACUAAACUGAAGUUUAUUGAACUUGGGAGCCAUUGUUGUAUGCUUAGAGAGUUAUUGAACCUGGGGGCCAUUGUUGUAUGCUUAGAGAGUUAUUGAACCUGGAGGCCAUUGUUGUAUGCUUAGAUAGUUUUUUUUUAAAUGAUUAUUUAUUUUUUUUACAUUUCCACAUUUGUAAUGUGCUAAGCAAAGUCAGAAAAGAAGGCUUUACAUUACUAAAGUGUACUUUUAAAGUCUGCUAUCACUUUAAGUUUUGUCCAUAUGUUGAAAAAAAUGUUUCAGUUCAUCAGCCAUUUAUUCAAUUAGUCUGCCAUUUGCUUGUGUCAAUUUUGUGUACAUUUUGGAUGAAUAAAUCAUUUAUAUGGUAACUAUUUGAUAUUUAGUGACCAUUUAAAAUGAGGGAUAAUUAUGAGUUUUCUACCAACAAAUUCCCAAUAAUCAGCCAUAAUCUUUAUCUAAUCUUCUAAAACAACAGGAACUUUUCUAGUUUUGUAUUAUUUUUUACUUAACUACAAAGGUUCUACAAAUUAUUUUGCAAUUGCUUAUCAACAAAUGGCAUUAGUUGCUCAAAGUGAGGAAUGCACUACAUCUUAAAAUUCCUUUUUUUUAAAUCAGUUUAUCUGAAACUGAAAAUUGAGGAAGAUUUGUCAAUAUGAAAUCUUUCUGGAUUUAAUUGUGAGAUAUUACCUGUAUUCUCAGGGUGAUUCUCUCAUGCGGCUCCCGAGUGUUUCCUAUGAUAAGAAUGAGCUUGUGCACGGCAUCACAGACGGCCCCGAGAGUGUCAUGGAGGCAGAGGAAUACCUGAUGCCAGUUGACAAUCAUAGGUUACACCGACCUGUGUCACUGGCACGACAGCAGAGCAACAUGUCCACCGUGAGUUUGGUUUGGCUUUCAGUGCAUUUUCAAGAAAUCAACCGAGACAGGGUAUUAAUAAAAAAAACAGGAACACUAAUUUAAAAUAUGAGGGCAAUAAUUUUGAUUAGGGCAGUUAUGUUUGUUAUACUUUGCAUUAUAUGUGCUAAGUUAGCACCUAAACUAUACUACAUACAUUCUCUGUAUUAUAUGUGCUAAGGUAGCACCCAAAUGUGCAACAUAGAUAUGGUAUUUUGCAUACACUGGGUUAUAUGCUAAGUUAGCACCUAAAAUAUACCACAUAGAUAUUUUGCAUUAUAUGUGCUUAGGUAGCACCUAAAAUAUAUUACAUAGUUACAUGUAUUAUAUGUGCUUAGGUGGCACCUUAAAUAUACUACAUAGUUACUUUGUAUACUAUGUGCUUAGAUAGCACCUAAACUAUACUACAUCGUUACUUUUAACAUGGAAAGUUUGACUAUUGCUUAAAUGAAAUAAUAAACUGUAUCUCUAUUAAUGAGAUUUUUAAACUAGAGUUGCUUGUUUUGGCAAAUGUUCCUAUUUUAGUAGGUCAGAAUUGUUUAGUGUUGUUGUUCUACACAUAAAAGAAUAGAAAGUAUGUAAUUGUGCUGCGGCAUUUUUGUCAUAAGAUAUGUCUUUAAUAUUUUACAAUUUUUAUUAACCAGUCUUCUCAGAGUCGCAUAAUGGUAGAUCCCAGUAGCAGGCUUAGUGGUGCCAAAGCAAUGAAGCCGGAAAGGGAUGGCCAAAAAAUAAGAGAGAAAAAAUAUGGCCAUCUUAACGCAGCAGCCCGGGCCAAACAGGAGAGAGAGGAACAGCCUAAUUUUAGGGGAGACAGCAUCAACUCGAGGUACAGCUCAGAUCCCAUCAAAUACAACAAAGACAGGGGUGAGUUAAUUCUAUAUUGUUAGACAGAGGCGAGUCAAUACUUUAUUGUUAGACAGAAUCAAGCCAAUGCUUUGUUAAACCAAGUUAAACGCAAAUGACAAAAUAUGAUGCCAUGUUUGUCAAAAUGUAUGCAGAGAAUUUGGGGGGGGGGGGGGGGGUGUUUUUCAAGGAGGGAAAUUUUUGGGAAAGGGGUGGGGAGGGCUUAGGCCCACUGCAUAUAUUCCAGUAUGUUUACAAUUUUUAAUUUACGGAAGUCCUCGAUCUCUGAUGUGUUAGCAAAAAAUUUUAAGAUCAGGGAGACAACUCCAAAUAUUUGGUAGCUAUUUAUCAACAAAUGUAAACAAUGCCAGUUCCGGCUUGAAUUUCUUUAUCUAAUUCUAAGGUUGGUUUCAAUCAAAUGAUUUCUAUUUAUUUAUGAUCAGACUUAAUUAGAAGUUUAAAUUUAAUGAAUUUGCUUUUUAUAAUCCUGGCUUUUCCCACUGUAUCAUCCUGGCUUUUCCCACUGUAUAAUCCUGGCUUUUCUCACUGCAUAAUUCUGUAUGCAGACAUCUGCGUCCAGGGGUUUGAGGUGUAGCCUCAAGGGGACAAGGAUGGGUGUGUGUGGGGGGUUGGGGUGUCAUUUGCUGAUGAUGUUCUUUAUCUACGACCCCUUAUUUCUUUUAGCUGAAACUGUUCAUUUUUUAAAAAACAAAUGAUCUUCAUUGUCUCAAGUUUAACUUUUGCCUAAUUCCAAUGCAGAUGAAAUUGAUUGGGCCAUUGAAGGACCGUUCCAAAGCUACGGAGAGUAUCCAAAUAGUCCCCAGUACGUCCGGGACCCUCGUAUGUCCAAAAUGUCCCCAUCUGUGCUGCUGCCCGUUGACAAAGAUGAUUAUUUACAACCCGGGGCCGCCGCCCAGUCUCUUGCUUAUCUUGACCUCGACGGAAAGGGUGAGCUCAUCUUUUCUGUUUUCAUUAGUCUAUUACCAUACUAAAUAUCCAAAUAAACAGAUAUACGGAAAAUGUACAAUUAUUCUUACAGUACUUAGGUCAACAAAUGAACUGCUAAAUUUCUUUAAAAUUUAUGGUAGUAUUAGUUUUAUAGAACAAUUUUCAAUGAACUGAACAUAGAAGCAUAGAACAUAAAACCAGAAAAAAUGCCUUUUGCUAGUUUGUGAAAUAAAAAACUUUGACUUGGAAGAAUUUUAUUUUUUUAGUAUCUACAAAAUUUAUAUUUUUAAGAAUUAAACCCGCACAACUGUGCUGCUGAAUUUAAUUAUUAAAUAUUUUAAGAUUGGAAUUGAUUUUUUUUUUAAUCAAUAUGUACAUUUUGGUUGAAGCUGGAGACAAGGAUAGAUUUCUUAAUUUAUUUGUUUUUGUCUGUUUAAAAAAUAUAAAAUACCUGAUCCAAAAAAAUAAUAAUAUAAAAUCGAAAUUAUUUACAAUUUUUUAAUAGAAUGCAGGUAUAUAAAAAUUCAAUAACUAUGGCCAAUUUCUGUUAUAAAAAUAAAUAAUAGUAGGAUGGUGUAAUAAAUAAUAGUAGGAUGUUAUAAUAAAUAAUAGGUGGUUGUUGUAAAAACCGUAAAUCAAAGUUAAAUCUACUUUUUCAGGAUACUAUCAAAAUGAAAAGGAUGCCCAGUCUGAAGAUCCCUUUGAUGAGACUGACCCAAUGAUGAAUCAUCCACCAACAUCACCUUCUGUCCUUCUGCACAAUGGCAGCAAACAUGCCUACACCAACUACCAGCCUAGGUCACCACAUGCUGUUGAAAACGCAGUGAACAAUCCAGUCUAUUUUGAUGGCGGUAGAGAUGUUUGGGAGUCCAAGUGGUCAAUGCGCAAUGGUUAUCACGCCGUGCCUAAUGUGUCAAUGUCUCCAGUUCAUAGCAACAAAGACAAAUCCGAAUCAUACUAUAAAAGUAUGAACGGAAAUUUUGAAGGGAGCCCAAACUCCUCACCUGUGGUCAACACAAAAGUGACAAUGGCUGGAGUGAAAUUAGAUGAUUCAGAAUCGAAAGUUUAAAGACAUUUCAAGGAAGGAAUAACAUAGCAGCUCAUAGAAUUCUCUAUUUUAAGCUGCAACAUAUUAGGGCAAUGCACUUUAACACUAUAACUGACCUACAUAUGGCAUGCGAACUGACCUAUAUGCGGCAGAUGUGUUCUUCUUUAUGUUUUCAUGUGCUACGGUUUGAGCACCUCCAGAUGUUUUGGGAGUGUUUUGUGAUAAACACGCGACCUCUUGCAACAUAUGACCUGUCACAGGAUAUGACAUGUCAUGAAAUUUUACACAAAGACAAUAUAAUCCUUGCUGCCAAAUUUAAAUAAAGGACAGCCUAAGCUGCUUUUAAGGAUUAUUUGAGUAAAUUGUAAUCAUUUUUGUUUGUUGCUUUAAUCCUAAUAACAUUGUGUGCAGAUUUGUAAAUAGACCAGUUUGUCUCUCCUGAGAUCAGCAACUGACAUAUUUGCAAUGGAUAUGAAUAUUGUUUACUCAAAUAAUGUCAUAGUGAAUAUAAUAUGAGAUGUAAUGUUAAUACAAAUGCAUGCUUUAGAUGAACUGAACUUUUCUCCAUGCUACUUUAUUUAGUACAACGAGAUACUUUUUUAACAGACGUCAAAUAUUUCAUGUACAAUUUUUAAUGGAUUUUUCCACUUUAAAAAAAAAAGAAUCUAAAAAAUCAAGACUGUCACAGGUUCUAAGAUUUGACGUGAAAAGUAUAUACCAUUUGUUACAAUUAAAACCUAUUUUUAAAAGACCCUGAUAUUAUGUAUGUUAAUAAAGUGCAUGAAAAUAAAAAGUUAAAAAAAUGUGGACUAUAUCAUGCUAGUUUAUAUUGUUAAAAAAAAAAAGUUUUGUUAUAUGACAAAUAACUAUUCACUAAGUAAACCAUAGCUAGCACUGUAUUAUCUUAGCCUCGUAAACAUAACUGGAACAAGCAACAUAUGUUUGUGCUCAUAUAUUUAAAUAUACUCUUAUGUCUUAAGUUCCUUUUUCAAAUUUUAGAAAACAUCCUGCCCUUAUCCUAUUUAUUUUUUCAGAUGUAAAAUAAUAUCAUGACUGUUUUUGACUAUUCAAAAAUAUUUUAUUUCACAAUUUUAACUAGCACAUAGUUUACUCAUAGUUUAAAUAACUUAAAGAUUUUUCUUUUUGAGUAUUUAAUUUUGUUGAAAUCUUCAAUAUAGAAUAACUACACACAGUACAUGAAGGAAACAUGCAGAUCCAAGCAAUGUUCUCAAAACUAACUUAAACACACAAAAAAUAACUUUGAUGAAUCCAGGAAGAAAAAAAAUUGAGUAAGAUUUUGUUUUUCUAAAAUUACUGCAGUUGCUAUGGAGACUUUUUAAAAUAUUAAUUUUUAGAACCAUCUCUAAUUUAUUUUUACGCAAGGUUAAUAAUACCUUUUUAAAAUUAAAAUUUCUGAAUAUUUUUUUAAAAGUAAUAGUAAGGUCAAUGAAAUGUGUUGGUCAAGCACGUGUCAUUGGACAAGGACUGAACCAAUGAAUAUGAAACAAUUGUGUCCAUCCAUUUUAAUAUUAAAUUGCUCAUUAACACAACUAUUCCCACCAAGGUUUCACAUAAUGUAUUUAUUUCCUCCAGCAACAUAACGGUGUCAAAAAAUCUAGUUUUUGAAAUGUGGACAAAAGUUGUUUUUGUUCACUACAGCUGAUAUGAUGUUUUUUUUUAAUCAUCUGUUUUGAAAGCAACAUUUCUUGUACAUAAUAGAUUUUCUUGAACGCCUUUCUGUGCCAAGUAAUGCUACAAAAAUAGACGUUAAGCUAUAGAUUUCGGAGUUCAAAAAAAUACAUACACUAUGAUAUUUAUAGUUUUCUACUACUGACUUUUGUUUUUAUUGCAUGCGAUUAUUAUGUGAAGAUAAGAGAAAAUAUUUAGUUAAUAACUUCUUAAAAUGCCCUUUUUUUAAAGAAGGGAGACAAGAAAACAAUUAAUUUAUUAAUUACUUAAUUUUUCUGCUUUAAAAAAGAUGAUCAGAGGUUGUAUUCUUUUUGAUUGUCAUGUCCCUCAUACCCUAAGAAAAUAAAGAGCGUUUCCUUAAACAAUAAAAAAUUUGAAUGGAGUUUUUACAAGAAGAAGAAUAUGAUGACAGGUUAACCACUGGAUGGAUUAUCUGAUCACUUACACUUACAUAGACUACUUAAAAUACUAUAGACUUUUUAGACUGAUAUAGACUAAUACAACACUGCCGGCUAUUAUUCUUGUUAAUAUAAGUCAAUGAAUAAAUCGAUAUGGAAGAAGUCAAACUAGUGUACUUAGUCUAGUAAAAAGGAAUAUUGUUUUGACUUUAAUUUUAUCUCUUUUUCCAAACCCAUUUAGAUUGGAACACGAUAUGAUGAAAUUUAAGUAAGCCUAAAGACUGAAAAACACAUUUUUUCUGAUUAAAUACACUUCAUAUUAAGUGAAUAUUUUGUCCCGAUUUUGAAAAACAAUUUUGAUUUCGUUUCAUUGCUUACAAAAAAAAUAUUCGUUUUUAAUGUUACUUAUAAAAUCUCCAAAAAAAAAACAUUGAUUCUUCAUUUACUCUUCUUUAUUUUUCAAAGAUUUGAAUGACAAUUGUUAUGUCCCAUUCUGACAUUUUAGUCUUGAAAUAAAAUCCAUGAAAUGAAGUUAAGUUAAACAAACAAAAAAUUAAUAAAAUAAUUGUGUUAGGAUGUUUUUUGCAGACAGUAAAGAAAAAAAAACUAUAUUUGAUAAAGAAUAUAAUAGUUUCUUCAUAUAUCAUGAUACAAAAGCUGAUCAAAGAUUUUUUCAGAGGCUGUUCAUAUUUGAUGGGUUCUGAAAAGUUGAAAGAAUGAUAUGAAAGUGAAUAGCAUCCUGUUAGCUGAAAAUUUCAUUCAAAGAUAUGUUUGAUGCAGUUUGAAUGAGAAUGAACACAAGAAAUCAACUGCAUUUUUAUUUUUGUAACUUUUUUCUACCUUCCCAUGAUCCUGAAAAAAAUCCCUCUUUGAGUCUUUACCCUCUGUGCUCUACCUUUAUCAUAUUGCAAUAGAAACGUCAUAAUGUCUGUUGACAUGUGUAGUGUGUAUACCUUUUGUAGUCAAAGAAACAGCAUAAUGGCACACAGUGAACAUCUAAGAGUAAGUGUGAUUGUAUACAAUCGAAUGAUAUCCCAAAAUGAAAUGUAUUGCUAAAGAUAUUAAGAUACAAACAAAUUGUGUGGAUGACUUGGUUUAGAAGCACUGGAGAUCAUGUUAUGCUGGAUUUAGGUCAAAAGGUAACAGUUUUACAUUACACAAAGCCCCAUCCACUCGCCCCCCAGUAUAAAAUGUCUACAUUUUUAUUUUUAAAUUAAUUUUUUUUAUAUUAAAAUCCCCUAUUCAGAGAAAACAUUGUUCUUUUUAUGUCAAAAUAUUUUUUUUUUUUAAUUUAUGAGUGCAUUGAAAAGUGACAAAUUGUAAUUAAAUUAGGGUGUAUUUGCUGUGCAGGUAAAAGUUUAGUGAGCUCAUGUGUCCCAGCCAAAGUCUCAUUUAAAAAAGAAUUUAUGUUUGGGGUGUGCAUACUGAGUGACCUGGCUCGGCUUUAAAUACUUUUUUGAUUCUUUGAUCAAAUCAAGUCUCCAUAAUAAUACUAUGGGUCUGUGAAUCAUUUUGUGAUGUGUAAAUGCAAACAAAGCUUUAUUUUCACCUUGAUCAUUCAAAAGGUUAAUUUUUCAUACAUUGCAAAUAAAUAGGUUAGAGACUGCACAUAUCAGUAUUUUGUCUAUAAACUUAUAAUGCAUGCAUGAAAGCCUGAUGAUGUCAUAUGACGCUAACGGAAACAUAUUUACAUACAUAAUAAUAUAUAAACCUGAUGUUUUUGUGGAUUUUUUUUUGUUUAAACUCUGCAAGAUGGGAGAUAAAGGCGGGAUGCUCUCUAUGAAAUGUGAAUAUUUUGUAACUAUGUAUAUAGUUUUUGCUAUGUUUGCAUGUGUAUAUUCAAAACAAUAGGGAUCACUCUGUAUUUGAUGACAUGUAAGACGUUCCCUUCAAUAUAAGAUUAUAUUAUCACCACUUGGUAGCUGCUCUUUUUGUCCCUGGCUAUUUAUAUCUGACAUCCACUUCAUGAAGGAUACCUUGUGAAUUUCUUUUUUUAUUUUGUCCAUAAACCUUAGCACAUGAAGUGUCAACUGUUAAAAGUACUUAACCCCAUUCAAAUAAAUAUUUAUUUCCAGGAUAUAUAUAUGAUCAUAAAGUAUUUAUGCAUGUUCUAAUGUAAAAAAAAUAACUGAUAAAUCACCUUUUUUUGUGUAUCUGUUGCACCGACACCUGUUGCCCCUCUCAACUUUUGUAAAAAUCCCAGAUUUACAGAUUUUAAGUUUAAGCAGAGCUCCGCAACCAGUGUGCAGUGGCACACGACGCAAGAUUCUGCCUGGCAUGCCGCAGCAAUAAGGCUGAAAGAGGAGAUAAUCCGCAGGGUUUAUCGUGAGCUCAGCAAUUUAUUCAAAUCUAAAUAAUAAAAAUGGUAAUGGUAUUAGCCAAUUACCAAGCUGUUAAAAUUUUGCAGUCAACUACCACAGAAUAUGUGCAAAAACAUAAAUUUAGCAAGUAAAUUUCUCCCAAAUAAACAGAUUCACUAUUUAAAUUUUAGAAAAACAGCCAGCACAGGCUAACAUAAUUCUCAGCUAUUUUUAUUAAAAAAUCUUAAGCAUUUGAAAGAAUGAGAUGGCCCCAUUUUUAGUAAAACGUGAGAACAUUUCACAGGCAUUGAUUUUGUUAUAUUUUUUUAGUAAGGGAGGAUUUCUUUAACACUUAUUGUAUUCAAUGAUGUUCUUGUGUCAGUGUUUGCUUGGAUGGCAAUAAAAGUUAUUAUAAAGGGGAUUUUUUUUUCAUAUGACCAUCUACUAAUUCCCAUUCAUCGAGAAUCAUUGAUGGUAAAAGAGGAAUUCAUAUGAAGUAUUCCAGAUAACUCAGACGAACCAAUGUGUCAGAAUUAUAACAAAAAAUUUGUAAUAAUUAAUUGGCACGAAUUAUUUAUGUCUAGGUAGAAAAUGUGGUGUCUGAAAUAAAUCAUUAUUAUAAUUAUCCCACCCGAAUAUGUUUGUGUUCCCGCUGUUAAAGGGCCUGUGCACAUGUAAGAUAACACAAAAGUAUUUUAAAAAUACCUACCCCUUGUAACGUUAUAUAAAAUUUCUGUUGACCACCCUCCUUAAUAUUAUAUAACAUUUCUAGCGGCCACCCCUCCUCCCCCCCCCCAUUUCCCAAGAUCAUAGUUACUACAAACAUUUUGUUUUAACAAAUUUUUACUUAGUCACAGUUACUGUAAACUGAAUUCAUAUGUUUAUUAUACAUACAGUAACAGUUAUUGUAAACUGAAUUCAGAUUUUUAUUCUGCAUACAGUCCUGCAAGACUAGAAUUAAUAACGUACCAUUAAAAGAAGACACAACAAGAAAUUUUCAGGCAAGAAGUCAGAAACUAUUUUUUUACAAAAAUGUGCUCAAUUAUUAUAAGAAAAAAUACAGGCUAAGUUAGUAAAUUUUAAAAG